GCACACUGAACUGAAUAAACGUCUCCUUCAGUCGGCAGUACAGGCUCGUUCAUCCUCACACCAGCUCUGAGCGGAUGCUCAGCAGGGGUGUUUGAGACCUUAGUGAGCUGUGGGGGAGCAGCUCAGGGACAUCUUCCAUCCACCUACAAAGAGCCGGCAGUCAGAAGGAAUAUGGGAAAAUCCGAAAGCCAAAUGGAUAUCAUGGAGAAAUCGAGUAAACCUGGAAAACGCCGUUGGACUGUGGCAGAAAUCGGUCUGUCUGUGCUGCUGCUGCUGGCCAGCUGUGCCUUGGCCGGGCUGGUUGUCCUCUACACAUCAGCUGUGAAAGAAAAAUCCAACAGGUCGACUGUAACUAGAGGCUCAACGGGUGAAGGCCAGAUGUUUCGCUCCAGCCUCAACAAUGUGUGCACGACAGCAGACUGUGUUACUGCAGCUGCUCGGCUCUUGCAGAACAUGGAUAAGUCUGUGGAGCCUUGCGAUAAUUUCUAUCGAUACGCUUGUGGCGGCUGGCUGGAGCGACACGUCAUCCCAGAGACAAGCUCCCGUCACAGUGUCUUUGACAUUCUGCGAGACAAACUGGAGAUUGUCCUCAAAGGUGUUCUUGAAAUGACAAGUGAAGCAGACAGAGAUGCCAUAAAGAAAGCCAAAGUCCUUUACAACUCCUGCAUGAAUGAAAGCCUUAUUGAGCAACGUGACUCUCAGCCCCUCAUGAAGCUCAUCGACAGUGUUGGAGGUUGGCCCGUGGCUUCAGAGGACUGGAACACAACAGCAGAAGAAACAUGGAGCCUUGAAAGCACACUGGCAAUUCUCACUGCUCACUUUCACAAGAAGGUGAUUCUGGACAUGUACGUGUGGACAGAUGAUCGGGACUCUCAACGCCACAUCAUUUAUAUUGAUCAGCCGGGACUUGGAAUGCCAUCCAGGGAUUAUUAUUUCAAUGAUGGAAACUACAAAAAGGUCCGAGAGGCUUAUCUUCAGUUCAUGGUUUCAAUAGCAAAAAUAACAAGAGAUGACAGAAACUUGACUCAGGACGAAGAGCGAGUUUGGGAGGAGAUGAUGCAAGUGUUGGAGCUGGAGACAGACAUCGCCAAUGCUACAUCACCUGCAGAGGAGCGCCAAGAUGUCACUGUUCUUUACAACAAAAUGACAAUUAGUGAACUUCAGAGCACAUUCAGCCUUAAUGGCUUUAACUGGACAAAGUUCAUUCAGGGGGUGCUGUCCACUGUGUCCAUUGACACCCAAAGGGAAGAGGAGGUGGUGGUGUACAGUGCUCCUUACCUUCAGAAGCUGGAUGAUGUUCUCUCCAGACACAGUGUCCGAACUAUGCAGAACUACCUCAUUUGGCAGCUCAUCAUCGACAGAGUCAGCAGCUUGAGCCGCCGCUUCAAAGACGCCAGAGCACGUUACAGAAAGACUCUCUAUGGAACCACAGUGGAGGACGCUUGGUGGCGAGAAUGUGUCCGAUAUGUCCAAAGCAGCAUGGAGAAUGCAGUUGGAGCCCUGUACGUGCGCGAGACGUUUGCAGGGGAAAGUAAACAAAUGGUCAGUAACCUCAUCAGUAAGAUACAGCAAGCCUAUGUAGAAACUCUGGAGGAGUUAAACUGGAUGGAUGAUGCUUCAAAGGAGAAGGCAAGAGAAAAGGCCAUGGCAAUGAAGGAGCAUAUUGGCUAUCCGGAUCAUAUUUUAGAAGAAAGCAACCAGAAGCUUGAUCAAGAGUAUGCCCACCUAAAUUUCAGUGAGGAAAACUACUUUGAGAACGUCCUCGAAAACCUCAAGUCUGAAGCUCACAAGAGUUUAAAGAAGCUGAGAGAACCAGUUGAUCCUGAUUUGUGGAUCAUCGGGGCUGCUGUUGUAAAUGCUUUCUACUCACCGAACAGGAACCAGAUUGUGUUUCCUGCAGGGAUCCUGCAGCCGCCUUUCUUCAGCAAACACCAGCACCAGGCCCUUAACUUUGGAGGCAUCGGCAUGGUGAUCGGACAUGAGAUCACACAUGGGUUUGAUGACAAUGGUCGUAAUUUUGACAAGGAUGGUAAUAUGCUAAACUGGUGGAGUAAUUACUCUGCUGAGCACUUUAAAGAUCAGUCACAGUGCAUGGUGCAGCAAUACGGCAACUUCAACUGGAAGCUAGCAGGUGGACAAAAUGUCAGUGGAAUCAGUACACUGGGGGAGAAUAUUGCAGACAAUGGAGGGGUUCGUCAAGCUUAUAAGGCUUAUCUAAAGUGGAUGGAAAUGGAGGGGGAAGAGCCCCGUCUACCUGGACUAGACAUGAAUCACAGGCAACUUUUCUUCCUUAACUUUGCCCAGGUGUGGUGUGGUGCUUACCGCCCUGAGUAUGCCAGCCAGUCAAUCAAAACCGAUUCUCAUAGUCCUUUAGAGUACAGGGUGCUUGGAUCCCUCCAAAAUUUCGAAGCUUUUUCGGAAGCUUUUCAGUGCCAGAAAGGAAGCCCAAUGAACCCUGAGCUCAAAUGUCGUGUCUGGUAGAGCUUCUCCAAGUUUAUGACCAGGGUAAAGCAGAAGAACAAGUUGUACUCAUGUGUUUUAUUGCAUCCUGGAGAAGGUCAUUGUUUCAAAUGUGUUUGAGUAACCUCUGAACUUUGAAGGUCACUUUAUAAAGUGGGUUCAAAUGAAAAUUAUGGACCUGAAGUCCUUUCAUAACAUUAAAGUUCAUAUACGUGGCUGUAAGUGCUUUUCCAGCCUUUCGUGAACUAACUACCACAUCAUCAGCAUAGAUCUUGAUAAUUACGACGGCAACAUGUGGUACACAGCCGUUUUGGUCUGAUAUUCUGUUUUCAAUAUGUUGUACUACUUCAGAAAGAAAAGUAAAGAAUAGGUUUUAACUUUGACUGCCGACCAUUGAACAACGGAGCUUUGCAAAGCAAUUCUGCAUUCAAUUUGUCACACUCUGAAAGUUUGGUUUGUGAAAGUGAAUUAACCUAAAGGCUUUAAGACUGUUAAAUCUGUGCAGCCUUAAGCUUAAAUUGACAUUUCUGUGGAGUUGGAGAUUUCUGCCUUUCUACAUUUAAAGAGAGGUUAAACAUCUAUAAGCUAUACUGCUGUGUUGGUUCUUUUUAAAAGAUAUGUAUUUUUUGUUUCCAGUCCAUCUCAUGCAAAAAUUUAUUCCCUUUUAUCACUAACUAAUGCAAAUUUCAGUCAUGUCCCAGCAGUUACUGAUAAGUAACUAUGUUGCUGACCUGCAAACUUUAUAUAACCCUCACUUUAUAUAAAGUGAUUUUUUUUCUUUGCUAAUAAUCAUAUCGAGAGUUUUCUCUGUUUUGACUUAUGUUUGAAGUCUCCUUUUUUAAGCUUCCAGGUUUUUACAUCAAUCUUAGAUGUUCCUACAGAGAUAAUCCCAUGUGAUAUCCUAUGUGGAAUCUCCAUAACACAACAAUUUAUGAGAUUUUUAUCCUUUUUUAAUGCAGCCAGCUACAUGAAAGAGAAAGUGAAGCCUUGGAUGCGCUUGCUCAUGGGAAGGCAGCAGCUUAAGUUUUUGUCUUCUGAUCUGGCAUUGAUAAGAGAAAUGAAAGGUUGAGUGCAGUGUGUUGAAGUGCAGUGACCAUUGUAACCAAUCAAUGAGUCCGCAGACAGACAUACUGAGGACUGUCAUUAACGAGAUGGCUGGGGCCAGGACUGUUAUUUUCUACCCUUAUUAACAGGUAAUGAGAGGAAAAUCAAAGCAAAGCGGACAGAGAAGAGGUGGACACUGACUGAAGGGGGCUUUCAAGUGCAGCAGAACAACAGCCGGUUUGAAUGGCGGCUGUCACAUUCGGGAUGCCUUGGUAAACUGAAUACGACUGUUAAGUCUCAGUUGAGGCUGUUGAAGUGAAUGUGUACAUUGAAACAAUAUAAUGUGUCUGUUAAUUUUCAUCUUUUGGCAAAUACUGUUGUGAAAAAAAUGGGGUGGAACUGCUUUUUUCAUAGAGUGAGAUGCUAGAGUACUAAGAUUUGAAAUUUGGGAAAUACACUUGACUAAAAGUGUAUUAGUGUAAAAAUGUUUACAAUGUUUAAAAAGAAGAAAAAGAAAGAGCAAAAGCCCAAUUUAAAUGACCGCACAACUUUCUCCUUAUCCGUGAACAUUUAUUUUGGCAUUGGCAUGUUUCUUUUUAGAAACAAAAAUAAAACGUGUGUGAUAAAAUAUUUGAUAAUGUCAGGUCUUUGGAUAGGAGUUUGGAAUGGGUAAAGUACCUUUUUGCCAAUAAUAUUUUUUCUGUUUGGAUCAAUCCUAGUAAUAUUUGUUACAAGUCAGAUCCACAUUCAUUACAAUUAGAUUUGACUAAAGAGCAUUCCUGCCAAAACGUAAAGUAUUCAUGCAUUUUGGUUGUUAUGUAACCUUCUUCAAUUAACAUAAUUCCAAUUACCGCGAAAAUGUCCGACUUGGAUCAUUAGUUACUAAGAGUCAAGAUAGGAUGCUUUUGUUAAAAAAAUAAGAAAGAAGAAAACAUUUCUGUGUUAUUCAGACAUCAAUUCAUAACAAAUACAACACACAGGACUCAAAAGCAUUGUUCACAUGAAUGGCUAAACAAUGUAAAUUGAAGCAAAUAGGGAUGACAGGAGCUAAGGUUGCCAGGCAAGCUCUUCUCAGUGAGGCAGCAAGAAUUGUCUCAUUACAGCACAGCAACAUGAAAAACUCACGAUCUUGAGACAGUACAGCAGUAACAUCCGCUGCCUCAACUCACUAUUGAACCUCUUUGACAUUAUUAGUUUAGACAUGUGUGAGAGGUUGACUCCUGAUUAAAUUCCCAGUUUGCUUAAUAUUUUCCAUUACAGACUGUUUAAAUGUUGUGUGAAACAAUCCGUGUGGCAUUGUCUGGUUUUGAUUACCAGACAAAGAAGGAAAAUAAAUAAUAGUGGGGAUGUGAUGGAAAGACCCCAAUGAAAGCUAAAACCCAACGCAAAUGUGAUUUAGAAAAAAAUGUACCAAGCAGCCAACAUUUUUUAGUAUUUUUCAUUAAGUUGGUAUCAACUUUUAGUGUCAUAGUUAGAUGGAAAAUAUCAGUAUGCCCAUUUUCUUAGUUUUUUAGUAACUCCAUCCUCCUCAUAUAUAUCUUCACUGCAAAUGCGAACCUCAAUCUGCUUUCCUGCUUGUGUCUUCAAAACGUCUAACAUGAGCUUUUUCCCUGAGGGAUCCAUUCCUGUUUCUAUCCAUCCUGCUCACUCCCAAAGAGAACCUCAACAUCUUAAUCGAUAAGAUGCGUAUGAUGAUAUGUGUCUCACGAUCUGAUAUGUAUCACAAUACAUCUCAAGUGUCACUCAUUCUCAUCUGGAGCCCUCUUCAAAGCACCACAAUCUGCAUUUUUAUAUGGUACUGGCAGCAACGUGGCUCAGAGUUUUGGUCCGAUACCCAUCCCAAGCACAAACUAAGCAGUACAUGUCUAAUAAAAACAAAAACUGCAAGGCUGACUGAACAUUUAGAGUCAGACACUGAAGCAUUGACAGCAUUUUAAUUCAAUACAAGUGUCUUCAAAUGAAAUAUCACGAUUUUUUGCUAAAUCGAUUUUUCUCGACACCCUAAUAUUUCCCGCUGGGCACAAACCGCAAUUAGUAAUUUCUCCUCAACGAUCAAUUUUCAAACAAUUAGUAUUUCUGUAAAUUAAAAGGCAUGCCAUUGAUAUGUCACUACCAAAUUCAAUUCGCUGAUUGGUCAAAGUUCAACCUGGUUUAACUUGCAACGCCCUUUCAAGUCCUGUAUGUUUUGCACGUAGAGCCUAAAUCCUUUGUUAAAACAUGUGUAGCUACGCAUGAACACAAGUUUUAAGAACGGAAACCCAAAACCUGAAUUGGAUUUACAUAGACUAUUCUUUGGAAGUUGCCACUUGACCAUGAAUUGCCAAUGUCUGUGUGAAUGUAGCUUGAACCAACAACAUGGCUGCUCUCACUACAGUCCUCUACACCUUUCAUUUGACACUCUUUAGUCACACAUUCCACCUGAAACCUUCAUCCACCCUUUCUAACCUGCACUACACUUCUUUCCAGCACUCUCUAUUUCUCUGGACUGUUGCUAAGUACUUACAGUCCUCCACCCUUGCCACCUCUGCUCCCUGUAACCUCACUGUCCUACUUGAGUUCCUUGCUACAGAUCACAAUGUCAUCUGCAAAUAUCAUGAUCCACAGAGAUUUCUGUCUACCCUCAUCUGUCAGCUGUGUUGAGGGUAAUGAAUUACAAAGAAACAAAUUACUGUAAUUUAAUUACUUUUUUAAUUGGCCUUGUGUAGCCUCUAUGAUUUUAUAUUGUGGAUUUUACAAGGGUAUCUUGUUUGAGCUAUCUUUAUUUCCUUGAGAAUUUGUAUGAGUUGAAAAAAGUAAAGCAAGUAACGAGUAGUGAAUAACUUUUAAAUUUGAGGAGUGAGUAAAGUAAUUUAUUCACCAAUUCAUUCAGUAACUAAAGUAAAGUAAUCAAGUACUUCAAGAACUUCUGUCACUUCUGUCACACCUAGAGCACGUCUCACCACUAUCUACCAAUUGUAUUCAUGUUCUGAACUUCUCUGCUACUGCAGACGUUUUCUCGCACAAACCACAGCUCUUCUGUCUGUAUCCUAUAGACUUUCUCUAACUCUACACAGACACAAUGCAGCUGCUUCUGCCCUUCUCUUCUCCAGAAGUCUCUUCAAAGCAAACAUUGCAUCUCGGGUUCUCUUUCUUGCAAUGAAACCAUAAUGUUGCCUACAAAUAUAUUUCUUUCCUAUAAAUUGUUUGUGUGACUCAUCAGCUUUUUUCCUCUGAAGUGUCCACAACUCUGCACAUCCCACUUCUUGAUAAAAAAGGACCUCUCCUCCAUUCCAUGGACAUCUUUUCACUCUCCAAGAUAAUGUUAAGCAUUCCAGUCAGAAAUGUCGGCCAUUUCUCCUAAACUCCUCCAUAGUUGUGUUGUCAGGACCACCUUCCCACUUUUCAUCCUGGUCAGUGUCUCCUUUACUUAAUCCUUACUGAUCUUUGCUAUGUCCAACUUCACAACACCCUCCUCGCUUGCUCUGUGCUCUCCAGCAUGUUUCAACUCUUCAAAGUUCUCCUUCCGUCUUUUCUAUCACACUUGUAGGACAACUCAAAACAACAACUUAGCUACAGGAGUAGCUAGUAGCACAUAGUAGCUAAAAAAAGCUAACUAGUUACUGCUGUUGCUUGUUUUUAUUUCCACUGUGUAGGUGAAACUGUGCAUCCAUAACUCUUUUAUAGUACGGAGUAUUUCCUAAAUGUCAAAACAAGUGUAUUUGAACAGCAAGACACAGCUGUUAAAACAAGAGCAGGAGGAAAAACGUGGAGCCUGAACUACAAGCUGUAAUUGAAGAUUUGAUGUUUCUUGACCAACUGGUUUGCUGAAAACUUUAAGUGUCAAGAUAAUAAUCUUUUAUUGUUUGUUGUGAAUAAAGUCCCCACAUUUGGCAAGUAAAGAAAAAUCCUGCUGGAUUUUUGGACCUCACAUUGCCAAAAAUUGUCAAAAACUGUGCUGUUAUAGGUAAGCAACUAUGUACAAACCCAUUUUUGGCUAAACAUAUAUAAAACAUACCUGGUCUAUCUAUAUACAUUAGAUAAGUUGAUCCUAACAGGACAUGUAGAGAGUAAAAUUGUUGCUUUGAAAGAAAUAAGAUGUUAUAUGUUUUUAUGAAUGUUCUGCUGCUAUGUAAUUAUCUAGACUGCUAUUUUUGUGACAGAUUUGUAAUUAUUCCCAUUAAAGUGAUUGUCUGAACUGAA